CGCGGCGUCCCCUGGGAAGUGUAGUCGGCGUGGGGCCCGAGGCAUGCCGGGAGUGGUAGUACUCCCGGGGUUGGCGAGGUUUCGGGGACAGCUCGCGGCCUUUCGGGGGUUCUCCUGGCUUGGGCCAUCCAGGCUUGGCUAGGAUUGCCGGCCUAGGGUUGAGGCGCUCGCGGUGGUUUCUUCCGGGCCGGGGUGGAUCCGGGCGUCUCCAGCGAGUGGGCGGCGUGCAGCCUCGUCUGGGCUUCUGGGACCAGCCCUGCGCGGCUCGGGGCCCUUGGCCACUGGGUCCCGGGGCGCCGUCCGCGAGCGGCCUGGACUGCCGGAGACCCGCGGGAGGGAGCGCCUCGCCAGACCCACCGUGUCCACACUUUGCGCUCCCUGGGCAGGAAGACUGAGGAGGAAGGGAUGGCUGUGGAUCUGCUGCCCACUCAGGAGCAUGUGACAUUCAGGGAUGUGGCCGUGUUCUUCAGCCAGGACGAGUGGUUGCACCUGGACUCUGCCCAGAGAGCCUUGUACCGGGAGGUGAUGCUGGAGAACUACAGCAGCCUGGUCUCACUGGGGAUUCCAUUUUCAAUGCCAAAGUUGAUUCAUCAGUUGCAACAAGGAGAAGAUCCCUGCAUGGCGGAAAGAGAAGUCCCUGCAGAUACCUGUCUAGGUUUUAAGACGUGGCCUGAAACAGAAGCAUUGCCUCAUAGACAGGACAUUUUUAUAGAAGAAACAUCUCAGGGAAUGAUAAAGAAAGAAUCCAUUAAGGAUGGUCACUGGGACAUUAACUUUGAAGAAGCUGUGGAAUUUGAGGGCAGGAUAGAAGAAGAGCAAGAGAAGAAACCUCUUAGACAAAUGAGAGAUUCGCAUGAGAAAACCAUCAAUGAAGAUGGAAGCCUUACAAGUCUUGAAUUGGGGAAAAGCUUAUUUAUAAAUACAGCUCUUGCCACACAACAGAGUGUUCCUAUAGAAAGGAUACCCAAUAUGUAUUAUACAUUUGGGGAAGAUUUCAAACAGAAUUUUGAUCUCAUGAAAUGCUUCCAAAUUUACCCAGGAGGAAAACCUCACAUCUGUAAUGAAUGUGGGAAGAGCUUCAAGCAGAAUCUUCAUCUUAUUGAACAUCAGAGAAUUCAUACAGGUGAGAAACCCUACAAAUGUAAUGAGUGUGAAAAAACCUUCAGCCACAGAUCAUCCCUUCUUUCUCAUCAGAGAAUUCAUACUGGAGAGAAACCUUACAAGUGUAAUGAAUGUGAGAAGGCAUUUAGCAACAGUUCAACCCUGAUCAAACAUCUGAGAGUGCAUACUGGAGAGAAACCAUAUCGAUGUAGGGAGUGUGGUAAAGCCUUUAGCCAGUGUUCAACCCUCACUGUACAUCAGAGAAUUCAUACUGGAGAGAAACUCUAUAAAUGUGGUGAAUGUGAGAAGGCCUUCAACUGUAGAGCAAAACUUCACAGGCAUCAAAGAAUCCAUACAGGUGAGAAGCCCUAUAAAUGUAGUGAGUGUGGGAAGGGAUACAGCCAGUUUACAUCUCUAGCUGAACAUCAGAGGUUUCAUACUGGAGAACAACUGUAUAAAUGCUUGGAAUGUGGGAGAACCUUCACACGUAUUGCAACCCUUAUUGAACAUCAGCGAAUUCACACUGGACAAAAACCUUAUCAAUGCAAUGAAUGUGAGAAAGCCUUCAACCAGUAUUCGUCCUUUAAUGAACAUCGGAAAAUUCAUACUGGGGAAAAACUUUAUACAUGUGAGGAAUGUGGGAAAGCCUUUGGUUGCAAAUCUAACCUUUAUAGGCAUCAGAGAAUUCAUACCGGAGAGAAACCAUAUCAGUGUAAUCAGUGUGGAAAGGCCUUCAGCCAGUAUUCAUUUUUAACUGAACAUGAGAGGAUUCACACCGGAGAGAAACUGUAUAAAUGUAUGGAAUGUGGGAAAGCCUACAGUUACAGAUCAAACCUUUGUAGACACAAAAAAGUUCACACGAAAGAGAAACUCUAUAAAUGGAAGGAAUAUGGAAAACCUUUCAUCUGCAGCUCCUCACUUACCCAGUAUCAGAGAUUUCUUGCAGGAGAUAAGGCCUAUGAGGGUUAGUUCAUCUCUCAAAUAAUCCAAGACUUCUCACUGGGGAAUAAGGGGAUAAUAAAUAGGGUACAAACUCCUAAAACAUUUGUCUUUUUUACUUCUCCUGAAGGAAAUACAUUAGUUGCCACUAAGUCAUAAUAAAAUUGAUCAGUGAGACUAUGAAGAGCACUGACUUGUUAAGUUUUAAAAGAACCAUAAAUUCUAAGGUAUCUAAAAACCUAUGAGUAUUUAAUUCAUAGAAAAAAAUGUAAAAGGCCUAACUUUUAAAAACUCAUGAAAAAUAGUUGAAUAUACAUUUUGUUUCUCUCAUAAGACCAUAUUCCCUUUAUAAGAGUAAGCAUCAAUAUGUGAAUUUUCUUUUAAAAACAGUCACUGAGUUAAUAAUGUAAAUAAGCAUGUGGCCUUCUUUAAAAUAGCCGGCCAACAUAGGAAGCGCUUCUUUUCAUAAAGAAAAGCUAAACAUGAAAAGGAAUUAUUUAAAUUUAACUCUUCACAUGGAAAUAAUAAUAAAGCUCUUUAUAUGAGCUGUCCCACCAGCAACUUACAUAUGUAAACAUACAUAUAUACACAUAUGCAUGUGUGUGUGUAAACGUAAAAGUCCUUUAUUAUUAAAAAAUGUAGUUUUAUUAAUUUAGAAUUUAGUUCUUAAAAUCUUGCCCAAAGGUAGACUCUCUUUUACUUUCUUCUGUUAUUUCUUAAAUUGAUGUGGUUUUAUAUAACUGAACAGAGUACUAUUACAGUACCGUAGAAGGCAGAUUAACUGAAGCAGCUGGAAAGACUGUCAAGCACAUACUUUGUUAUCUGUUGCAGAAGGGAUGUAUUUGGCAGAAUCUCAGGCUACAUGUCUGGUAGCUCAUUAGAGCCAGGAGAGAUUUUAGUUUAAUUAUAGCCUUUCAUUGUACUAAUGAAGGAUUUGAACUUAGUGAACAGAGUCAAGAUUAGAAUCUAGGUCUUCGGUUCUGGUGUUUUGUGAUCAUUAUAGGCUCAUUUCCAACCUGAGGUCCCAAGAGCACUAUUUGUUUUGUAGCCUGGUUAGACAGAGUUGCGGUAAUUUUAAGUUACUGUGUUAUCUUUAAGGGUUUCUUCUCACCUUAAUCUUAAUAAUUGACUCACAACUAUAUUCUUUUUUCUUAUGAGUCCCUAAUUAUGUCUGCUUUUAUUAUAAUUGUACUUAAAUCCUUAAAGCUAGCUGAGGUCCAGAUAGUGUAAUUGCUUUUGGAGGCUUCACAUAUAAGGUUGCCUUCUUAUUACACAUAUUUUAGGAAUUAUUUUGUGGAAAGUUAUAUAUGGAGAGUUUAUUAUUAAGCAUUCUUUUCAUCAGUUUAAAUGUUUAGUUCCUCCCAGGCAUUUUUCCUCCAAUUUUAUAUUUGAUUUUCAUUCAAUUCACAGUUAGUGUCAUUAAAAAAAAAUUCUAAUACAAUUAGCUAGACCUUCUGAGAAAAAUGUUAGAAUUAAACUCAGUCAGUAUAGUGUAUUUCUUAACUGACUGGUUUUAGCUUAUCAGAAAGUAAUUGUUUUAUGUAUUUAAAUACAUUUACAAAGAAAAUGAGUCUUUUAAACAGACCUCACUAUUUAACAUUGUACGCAGUAGUGGUGAGCAUGCUUAGUACCCAAAUUUUGGUUUCUAAAUGCCAUUCCCCACUAAAAGGAACCAGGGUUCCUUGGAGAAAUGGCUGAUUCCAUGUUUGCAGCAGGGGAAGUGGGUGGUGUGGCUAAAAUACCUUUUUUAUUAAGAAAAUAAAAUAAAAAGCAAGAUAGUAUUUGAAGACUAAUGGGGUAAUGUCAGAAGGGGAAAGGCACCAAGUUGAAGGUAUUCUCACUGGCCAAAUUUAGGACAACUUAAAGUCAAAAAGAAUAAUCACUCUUAUUGAUGAUAAUACUAAGAAGGAAAAGAAGUUCAUAAUGAUGAAAGUAGAGAAAAAACAAAACUAUAAAAUUAUUUGAAGAAUGUUUUCUUUUAAAUGUACAUGGAAUGAUAAAUUUGGAAAAAUUACCAUUUUACAACCCUUAAUAUAAUUAAAUCUGGCAAAAAUCAAUGGUAAAACCCAUUAAGUGAAAAAAAUUUUAAGGAACUUUGUUUACAAGGUGUCAGAACAUCACAGACACCUAUUGCAAAAGAAUUGCCUUUACAGUGAGAUUUGGCUGUCAAACUGCAUUUCACUACUUCUGGAAUAAGCCAACAUUAUGUGGCUCUUGAUGGGAUGCAGUAUGAAGCAUGUGUGAUCAUCCUUGAUGUACUGCCAAAAAUGUUUACCUCAAAUUUAAUUAAAUCUUUUGUCUAGACUUAUCUUCCUGUUUAAAGAAAUACAGGAAUAGAGGAACAAGUUGAAUUACACAGUAUGGAAAUAGACAAGUCCAGAGUUGGUAUAGGACAACUGGUCUGGACUUUUUUUAAUAUUUAUUUUAAAAUGGUUUUCUUAAAUUUAUUUUUUUAAACAUAACACGAGGAAGGUGUUAAAACUGGUGUAAUAGCUCAAAAGAAUAAGUAUUCCAGAUUUCAGGAGGGAUGAAGAGGGAGAUAUUCAGAAACCUUACCAGAUUCCUCCCAACUUGAUCAUAGUGGAUUAAUGAUGUGCUUUGUGGAUGUGGUUAGUCAAUGAUACCAGCUUGACCGAUCUUUCUUUCUGCACCAAACCCCAUUGAGUUAUCUGGUCCCCUUGGCUGACAAAGAGCCAUUAGGCGAGGAUCACUGGCAUCAUCCAGGCUGAUGUUCUUCAAGCGACUGACCAACCGAUCAGGUCGAGGAGCUGCAACAGCCUUGGGGCCUUCAGACUCGCCAAACAUUCCAGGCACUGCACUUGCCAGUGCACUGAUGAAGAAUCACUGAGAACUCCACCUCAUCUCCUGCCUGGAGCUCAAGGCCAUCCUCAACUUCUUUCACAUGGCAAAAGAGCUUCUUGCUAUCCCCUGCUUCAUAGUUAAUGAAGCCAGACUGAUCUUGCACAUUCCACUGUGGUCCUGUGCAGGGGUUGUGAUGUGGUAAGCCACAGCUUGUGCAUUUUGGCCCUGUUCUGGACUUUUCAAAAAGCAAAUGUAGUAAAACAAAAAGUGGUCUCUUCUAGAUUAAGAGACAUAACCAAAUGGAAAGUGUGAUCCUUUAUUAGCUUCUGAUUCAUAAGAAAAAAAAACCUAUAAAAGACAUUUGGGGGGAUAUUUGGGGAAAUAGGAAGAUGGAAUGGGUAUUAGAUAAUGUGGUAUAUUUGAUUUUUCUAGAAGUGAUAAUUGAGUUACAUAGGAUAAUGUUCUUAGAAGAUGCAUGCAGAAGUUUUUUUAAGUUUGAAAAGUCAUGAUGUUGGCAGCAUAUUUUCAAAUAAAUAUGUACAAAAUUAGUCAAUUUUUUUUGUGGUGGAUCUAUAUGUGGUGGAUGUUCAUUGGUCAUUUAAAACAUUUUUCUAUAUGUGUCAAUUUUUAAUAAAAAUUAAUGCAAAAAGUGA